CAUUCUGACUUGAGGAUUCUGAGCAAAGGCCCCACCCCCACCCUUGUCGCCCCCAUAGCCACCUCUGUGGGAUACUGGUUCUAGGCUUGAAGGACAUGUGGCUCUGGGGAGGGGGCUCUAUGAGGCACAGGCAGAGGAGAACCAUCUGGAGCAGAAAGACUGCCAAGGAGCUGCUGUCCCUGGAGUGGGAGCCAGGGAACGUGGGGGAGAGGAACACGGGCCUGAGCCAGGCCCCUCACCCUCUUCUGUCUCCCAGGACCGAGUGGUAAAGGGGCUUUGAUCCCCCCAAAGGGCCUUGUGUCACAUAGUUGGAACUCAUCCCUGGGUUGGGGCUAAAGUCUCAAGUUGCUACAUGAGAAGAGAGGAGAAGGAAUCAAGUCUGGCAUCUGACGUAGACCAGAAAUCCAGGUUUCCCCAGUCUAUUUUUCUCCCUUGCCCUUGGCCUUCCACUGCCCUGCCCAGCCCCUGCCACAACGGGCACCACCCUCGUCUGGCUAGCUGGCCUGGGGAGAGAGUAGUCAGUCACCUGGCCCGUAAGGGUAGAGGAAGCCGACUUCACCAGGAUUCCCAGGCCUUUCUGUCUCCCAAGGUUCUCUGGGCAGGCCCCAUUCCUCAGGGGGGUGGGGCCCCUGGUUUCCCAUACUCUGUCACCACCACCCCCACCCAGGUCACUGGGGGCUGUGAUGUGUGAGGUUGCCAUGGCAAUGAAGUGGGGGCAGGGCACCUAGGGCAUGGAGCAGGGCUAUGGAAGUCACCAAGAAGGUGGGGGGCCCUGAUCCAUCGGGCCCCCAGGGCCACCCCUCAGCCAGCAGCCAGCAGCUGGGGGGUGGCCACAGAGGGUCCCAAGGACCAUGGAUAAACUCGGGAUCUGUAUACUUCAGGCAGGGGUUGUCAUUAUCCACUGAGGCCAUCAUUGAUAGGACCUGUGACCCUGCCUCCCAGGCCCAUGCCCCUGAGCCCAUUCACCAGCUACACCAGGAUCCUGCUGAGGUUGGCUCCCAGUGUGGCCGUGAGCAGGCCUCCCAAGAUGCCCCAAAACUCCCCUCUACUAGCCCAUUUCCAAGCUCCAUCGUGGGAACCCAAACGCAUCUCAUCGUGGAGAACAGGACUCUGACCUUACCCGUGGACACACGCAGUGACAGCACCAGUGACUCGCUCCAGCAUGGAUUUUGCCGCUCCCGGCUUCGGGUGCACGUUGCAGGUGAGGGCAAGGCUCCAGCUAAAGUCCUGGUAGGCUGGGGCAAAGGCCCCUGCCACCCUGACAAGAUAGCCCCCUUGGGCAGCAGGAAGAGCCGGUGGCUACCUUAUUUCCUUUCAGGGGAGGAUGGCUUGGCUGCAACGCAAGGUCCUCUUCUGACUCCAGCCCAAGGUCAGGGCCAGGGCAAGGGCCCGUGUCCUCCCGCCCAGGCUCCUCCAACUCCAACUCAGGCAAAUACUCCAGCUGGGGAUACUACCCCAAUGCCGGCAGCAGCUGAACCUAAUACCUGCAACUCUGACCACUUGACAGACACCACUGCCACAACCCAUGGCCUGUCCCAAGAGCUCCUGCUCAGGAAGUGUGGCAACCAAUGGUCAGUCCUCUUGGAGUCUUCCGAAGUGGUCCCAUCCUGCCAGGACAAAGUGGAUUUUUGUUUCCAGAAGGAGCCUCCCACCCCAACGCCCACUCCAGAGGAGUCCUCUGACCAUGUCCAGGAGCUCGAGGUUGCUGGAAUGCAGGUGUUACCCACCCCACCUGAGAACCCAGAGGAGAAGCCCCUGGUCUGUACCUCUAGGCCAGGCAGCCCAACACCAGGCUCAGGCCCCCCAGGUACGCCCAAGUCCCAGAGGAAUAGCCAGGAGAACUGUAGCUCUCAGACAGACCAGCAGCCUCUCAAUGUUUGCAACAAUACCUGCUCCAGUGUGCCACCAUCUGCCUACCAAGUAUCCUGCCACAAGCAGUCGCCAGUCCAGUCUCCCAGGGAAGCUGCACAGAUUUCCCCCUCCAGUGCUCCUACCUGCCAGCUCCAGGAUGCCACUGAAGAUCAUGUGCUGGUAUUCGAUAUGGCCACAGGCAAAACCAGGAUCGGGCUACUGUGCCAUGACCCCACAGGUUCACGGGCAGUGCUGGUUGGUGUCAUGCCCAGCCACUCAUCCAUCUAUGUCCCCGAAAAUGUGUUGUCCACUGCACCAUUAGCCAUGCCCAUCCUUUCCCCUGACAACAAUCGCUCCAGCUUCUGGUCCACUUCGCACAUGCUCUCCAGCCCUGCACCCUCCAGCCUUUCAACUGGAAGCUACCGAGAGGUGGCCUUGGUUCCCAAGGAGGGCAGGCUCAACUUGGAGUCACAGGACACCCCUAGUUCUGAGACACCCAUCAGAGUGUUCACUGGGCCCGUUCCACUAGGAAUGCCCCUCCAGCUUGGUGAGAGGCUAUUGAGCCAUGUUCGUGAUCCUGGCUGCUCCAAACCAGAUGGUGUAAAAAGUGAACCUAGUCAUACUGUCUGGAUGCUGGAUGCCUUCAGGAUGCAGCACACCUCCAUGAUCCAGCCCAAGAAACUUCGGUGGAUGAACUCAGAGCAGACCCCAGAGCUUGCUCCAGAAGCCCAAAAGCAGGAGGUGCCCAGAUCUCUGCUUCAGGAGGAUAGAGGCAACCACGACCAGAAAGAGGUCCUUACUGCUCACCCUGACAGCCUUCGGGGUGAAGGUGCUGGGCAGGCCUCCCUCGGUGGUCGGUCCCUACUGGCUGAGCAGCAUCCUCUUGCUGGACAGCCCUCUCUGACCAGUCAGCCUCCCUCUGCUGAGCAGUGCCCCCUCACCAGGCCCACCCAUCCUUCUGGACAGCUGCUCCUGGCUGAGCAGUCCCCCUCCACCAGGCAGCUCCCCCUUCCUGGUCAGCCCCCUCUCACUGGCACCCCUCUUGCCAGGCAGCUUUCUCUCACCGGGCAGCCUCCCUUUUCUCAAGAACCCCCCAUUUCCAAAGGACCCAUCUCAGGAGGGCCCCCCAUCAUCAGGGAGCCCAGCCAGGCCUCCACCAUGUGCCAAGAAGGUGAGCCCUUGGGCUUGCCAGCCCAUGUGGGGGUACUUCAGAUGCCCCUGGCCCCUGAGGAGACCUGUGUCUACAUGAGCAGAGAUAAGGUCGGUGGUGGCGCCACUGAAAGCUCCAGCACACAUCGGCUCUCAUCCUGGCAACCGGGCAGUUCCCCCAGGACCCAGGAGGAACAAUUUUCCCUGGUCACGUUCUCUACAUCUGGCACUGGCUGCAAAGUCUUGCCCGUGGCCAUGGUGGGCACAGAGCCCCAGGGUCCCCGCUUCAAGGUGACACCCGAGAACAUCAUGCACUCAUCAGUAGUUGCACACCUUGGCCUGCUCCGUGGGGCCUGCUAUGAACUGGUGCCCACCACAGAUGCUCCGCCAAUGCAGUCCCCGGUGCUCUGCCGCCACUCGCUUGGUCCCUACCAGGACAUGGCAGCUGUGGUGAUUGACACAGGCACAGGCUUCACCAAAUGUGGACUGGCCAGAGAGGACCAUGUCCUCAGUGUGUUGCCUUCACGUGUCCAGUUGCUACAGCACCCAGCCCAGGACGAGCCCCGGUAUGCGGUGCCUGAGAACCAAGAGGGCUCCUAUCCGGUGCUGAAUCGGGGAGUGGUCUCUGACUGGGAUGCGCUGGAGGUGCUGUGGCAGCACCUGUUUUACUGCAGGCUGGGCGUGCGCCCGGAAGAGCUGGCUGUACUUGUGGCCGAUUCGCCCAUCUCGCCACGCACCAACAGAGAAAAGGUGGCGGAAAUACUCUUUGAGCGUUUCCAUGUGCCAGCCAUGCAGACAGUACAUCAGGCCCUGCUGGCACUCUACGCUUAUGGGCGCACCACUGGGUUGGUGCUGGGCAGUGGCUAUGGGACCUCCUACGUGGCACCUAUCCUCACUGGGGAUCUGGCCCCACUUGACACCUACCGGCUGGAUGUGGCCGGUGUUGACCUCACUGAAUACCUGGCUCAGCUACUGUUGGCAGGUGGCUACUCACUGCCCAAGGCAGGGUUGGUCAACCAGAUUAAAGAGGGCUGCUGCUACGUGGCCAUGAAUAUGACAGCUGAGAUGGCCCGCACUCGGACCCAGGCCCGAGUGGACUUUGUGCUUCCAGACAAGCAAGUCAUCACUCUGGGCUCUGAGCGUUUCUGCUGCCCUGAGGCCCUCUUCCAGCCCAGUCUGCUAGGCCUCAACCAGCCUGGCCUCCCACAACUAGCUCUCUUGAGCAUCAGCCGGCUGGAAGCCAAGCAGCAGGAGCAGUUGCUGGCCAACGUGGUGCUGGACGGUGGCAGCACCCUGAUAAAUGGUUUUCCUGAGCGUCUGAGACAGGAGCUGGGCCCCCAAGCCACUGUGCUGGGCUCUCCCCAUCGUGCCGUUGCUGCUUGGCUUGGAGGCUCCAUCAUGGCGUCCCGGGACUCCUUCCAGAGCCUGUGGCUCAGCCGCCGUGAGUACGAGGAGGAAGGCCCUUGGGCUAUCUACAAGUACCAUCUGUGAGCACAUAAAAGUUCUGGUUCUGCUUACUUGA